UGUGCUUGCCGUGCCCUGUUCUACUGCUAUGCUAUGCCAGACUGUACCCACCGUCCUCUACACCGCAGCACACUGCUGUACUGUACUGUAUUCAUCGUCAUCAUCAUCGUCGCCGCCCAUCGCCCCAAUCGCAGGCGGGACGUUUUCUCAUUGCCAUCCUUCGCCCAGUCGCUGCACACGGCUCGCGAGGGCACCGCUCCGUCGUUACCAAUUGGUCGUUGGGUCUUCCUUUUGAAUCCCCUCAUCCCGUUGCCCCUACAUCACUGACGAACUCUGCCCAACCCGAGGGUACAGAGCAAGGCUGACGAACACGAGGUGCGGAAUGAGAGCUCGAUAGUUUACAAUGGCUAGCCAUGGCCUCGCAUUCCGCCAUCCCCCCCCCGUUACGUGAUCAAGAAUCGACCAAGCAUCUCAGCCAUUGGUCAGGCCCGGCUACCGAAGGGGAAGUGGCCCGAGACGAGAUGACCGAGUAUCCAAUUCGCCUAGGUUACGCCGUGAGGUGUUGCGCAGCUCGGUCUGGCAUGCCAUGCACCCAUUGUGUGCAAAGCUUCGUUCCCUGAUGAUGCCGUGCGUGGCUAUGACCUUUGGCCAGUCCCGCCGCCGCCCUCCCAGACUAGAAGGAUACGGCCGCUUC